AUGAGCUCAUGCUACUUUAAUCGCGAAAGACUAUUCUUCAACAGGUCUCAGAUAAUCGGAACUAAGACUAUCGGAUGUUUACUCGAGCAUACUGCUCCGCUAAACCAGCAACUCUACGAGGUAUACCAGCGACAAGUUCAAUGGCAAGCAUAUCACCAAGCCCAAGCUGAAGCUUCCUAUAAUCCCCAAACGCCACCACAGGUACCUCGUCACCACCAAUACGCUGACUGGCAGCAACAAAACGGCAUUCUGGAUUCUCCAACUCCUGCAUCCAAAGUACAUAACCAUAAUCCCACGCCACCGUAUGCAGAGGCUUCAUACCACGUCCUCGACGCCGGAUCCACGCCCAAGAUUCAUCGAGAAAUAUCCUACCCCUCUGCAGACCCAAAACUACUAACCAGAGAACCCUACACAACCACAACGCAUCCAGCGAACUCCCUCUCCACAGCCAACUCCCUAGUCACCGCACCUAGCACUCCCCCGCCGACCCACCUCCCCUCCCUCUUCUCCCACCCCGACGACCAAGCACCGACACCCUCCAGCGUCUCCACCGUCCGGCCCAAGAAACACAACAUCAAGCAAUACGCGCGCCACAUCAACGAGUCGCUGACACGCGAGAAAAUCGCUAUCGCGCGCGCGGAGAAAACGGAUGAGCGGUUGAAUGGUGAUUUGGGCGAUAUUCUGGAGGAGGUGGAGAUGUUGCGGGGACUGAAGGAUCGGUUGUGUGGGAUGUUGGGGGAGAUUGGGGAGGGGUUGAGGGAAGGACGGAUUGAGCGGUGA